AUUUUUCUCCAUUUCCUGAAAUCAACAUUGCAAAUCCCCCGGGUUAGCUACGCAAUCUUCAUACGCCUAUAGGCUGUAACAAGUGUCAAUCACAGAAAAGAUGAACCCCCUAAUAACUUUUAAAAAUGGAGCUGCACAGAAAAGAGGACUUGAGCACAAACUAGUCAAAGUAACUACAUGUCAACAUCACAAGCAGGGGGGACAAAAUGUAUAUUCUGUGUAAUUAAUUUCUAAAGUUUGUCAACAGCUCCAUAGGGAUUGCUGGAGGAGGUGGGAUUUAUGACCUAUACGGCAGCCCGUCACCAGAGGGUGCUGUUCUCGUAGUGGCUUCACCCAGCGAGGCGGCAGACGCUGUCCACUCUAUAAACAGUCUAUGGUUCAGACCAAAAAAGAUCAUUUUAAAUUUGUUUUAUACAUCAAUUGUGGUAUCUAUGAGCUACAACAUGAGGUCAAAAACCUAGCAUAAAAGUCCACCAUUUUAGCUUAGAGGACUAAAAAAGUCAUAAUAGUAGUUCUGGGGUAAAUUGAGUCAUUGUCUCAACUGAGAAAGUAAAAGUCAACUUACCCCAUACACGGGGUAAGUUGACCAUAGGAGACCACUUUUUUUUGGCAUGCUAUAUUAUCAAGACAGUUUUGUUUACACUCAUGCUGUAGGUUUGCAGGGAUGAACAAAAUCCUGAAAUAUAUGCAGAUACACUAGUUAGAGACAAAACUAUGAUUGCCUUGUUGUAGUGAUCUGAAAUAUGAAAAAUGGUUCAUCUUACCUCACUCUCCCCUAUACAUCAACAAAUUAUCAAAAUAAAGCAGUGUAGUUUUUAGUCUGUUGACCUGACGGUUAGCAUAUGCCACCAACUGGAAGUAGCAUUAGGCUACUGAACAUCUGAAUCAACAAUUUUUGGAUGAUAUUUUUUAUUUACUGGUGACUCCUCCUCCUGACUGGUGAGCGUGCGCAUUGCUUCAUUCCCUUCCUUGCUGUUGAACUGUGUGUAGCGUUUCGUUUCCUCCUGAAAGCGCUCUCCUGCUGUUUUGGUUUAUUUUCUAUCUGUAAUUUAUCAGUACAUCUGUCUGUUUAGAAAGUCUGCAAGUAUUUCUGAUAGUUUUCACCAAGCACUGUUUUUAUCUCCACUCCGGGCGAUCUCUCUGACCAUUUACUUUAUUAGCUCCUAGCUUAGCUUCUCUUAGCUACACUUGCUAACGAUGGCUUCCCCCCGGUCGCCUGCUUCUCCUGCUCGCUUCUGCUCAGUGUGUCAGAUGUUCAGUUAUUCCUCGUCCUCCUUAGACGAUAACGAUACCUGCUUUAAGUGUAGUUUAUUCUUAGCUCUGGAGAUGAGGAUUACAGAGUUAGAAAAGCGGCUCCGCACCGAUGCUAGUGUAGCGAUAGCCAGCCAGGACUCGGUAGCCGGUGCGGGUCGGCCUAGCUUAGCCUCCCCCCCGGCGAAUCCCGAGCAGCCGGGAUGUAGUAGUGGUUGGGUCACUGUGAAAGGGAAGCAUAGCAGUAGACCUAAGAAGCCCACGGUAGACCACCACAUUCACACUUCAAACAAAUUUGCCCCUCUCAGCAACACACCUGCUGAGCCUGACGCUCUUGUGAUUGGAGACUCUGUAGUCCGAAAUGUGAAAUUAGCGAAGUCAGCGGCCAUAGUUCAGUGUCUCCCGGGGGCCAGAGCGGGCGACAUCGAAGGUAGUUUAAAACUGCUGGCAAAGGCUAAACGUAAAUUCCGUAAGAUUGUAAUACAUGUCGGCAUAAAUGACUCCCGACGCCGCCAGUCGGAAGUCACUAAAUUGAACGUGGAAUCGGUGUGUGAAUAUGCCAAGACCAUGUCGGACUCCGUAGUUUUCUCUGGUCCCCUGCCCGAUCAGACAACUGAUGAGAUGUGUAGCCGUAUCUCAUCAUUCAACCGCUGGCUGUCGAGGUGGUGUCCGCAAAACGGCGUGAGCUUCAUUGAUAAUUGGAAGUCAUUUUGGGGCAAGCCUGGUCUGAUUAGUCGGGACGGCAUUCAUCCCACCCGAGAUGGAGCGGCCCGUUUAUCCAGAAAUCUGGCCGAUUUUAUUAAUCCGAACCACUGACAAUUCAAAGCAGAGAUCAGGGAGCAGGGCCGCAGUCUUACACGCCCCCUGCGCCUCUUUUAGAGCAGCCUCCCAGCCACUACCACUUAUACACAGAGACAAGGGAGCAGAGCCGCAGUGUAAAACGCCCUUCUGUACUCCCUUCAGAGCAGCUUCCAAGCUACAAUCAGCUUGACUUAGAAAUCAGGGAGCAGAGCCGCAGUGUAAAACGCCCCUCUGUACUCCCUUCAGAGCAGCUUCUAAGCUACUCUCAGCUUGACAUAGAAAUCAGGGAGCAGAGCCACAGUGUAAAACGUCCCUCUGUACUCCCUUCAGAGCAGCUUCCAAGCUUCUCUCAGCUUGACAUAGAAAUCAGGGAGCAGAGCCACAGUGUAAAACGUCCCUCUGUACUCCCUUCAGAACAGCUUCCAAGCUACUCUCAGCUUGACAUAGAAAUCAGGGAGCAUAGCCACAGCUCUACACGUUCCUCUGUACUUUUGUUAGAGCAGCCUCCUAGCUACUGUCACUUUAAUAUAGAGACUGUGUCUGUCCCUUGUACUCGGCUCUCAAAUUCUAACCGAUCAAUUAAAAAAGGAGUAAAUAACAAGAACCUUACUAGAAUUAAGACUGUUAACAUAGCUGAACCAAGUACUAGUAAGAUAAAAUGUGGCCUACUGAAUAUAAGGUCUCUAAAUUCAAAAUCUGUGUUAAUAAAUGAACUAAUCUCUGAUCAUCGCAUUGAUUUACUCUCCCUAACCGAAACAUGGCUGCGUAAGGAUGAAUAUGUAAGUUUAAAUGAAUCCACUCCUCCUAGCCACCUAAACUUUCACAUUCCUCGAGACUCCGGCCGAGGUGGUGGAGUUGCAGCUAUCUACAAUUCCAGUCUUAGAAUUAACCCAAGACCAAAACUAGAUUAUAACUCUUUUGAAAGUCUCGUUCUCAGUCUCCCGCACCCAGCCUCAAAGUCCAUGAGACCACUGGUAUUUGCUAUAGUUUACCGCCCUCCGAGCCCAUACUCUGAGUUUUUGUCAGAGUUCUCAGAGUUCCUAUCCGAAUUAGUCCUUCUCGCAGAUAAAGUCAUCGUCGUCGGUGACUUUAAUAUUCACAUAGAUGUGGAAAAUGAUAGCCUAAGCAUUUCUUUUCGGUCCUUGCUAGAUUCAAUUGGGUUUACACAGUGUGUACAUAGACCUACGCACUGCUUUAACCACACUCUCGAUCUCGUCCUGGCUUAUGGCCUCGAAACUGAUGCCCUGUUAGUCAGCUCAUUAAAUCCUCUAUUAUCUGAUCACUGUCUAGUAACUUUUGAAUUUGUGCUCUCAGGUUACUCUCCUCACAACAAAGUCGUGCUAACUAGAAGGUUGUCUGAAAAUGCUGUUACUAAGUUCAAGGAGGUCCGUCUGCUCUAAAUUCUGUAGUUGAGAAAAACUUUACUGAUAGCUCAUAUUUAAACAUCAGUCCCUUGCAACUCGACCAGUUUGUUGAUGAUACCUCAGGCACACUGCGAUCAGUUCUAGACUCAGUUGCCCCUCUUCGACAGAAAACUAUUACACGCGAGAGGCUAGCCCCGUGGUAUAAUGCUGAAACCCGUGAGCUGAAACAGUUAUUAAGAAAAUGUGAAAGGAUUUGGCGCUCCUCCAAAACAGCUGAAGCUCGUUUUCUCUGGCAGGAAUGUCUCGAUAAAUAUAAGAAAGCCCUACGACGUGCUCGGACAACCUACUACUCGUCUCUUAUUGAGGAAAAUAAGAAUAACCCCAGAUAUCUCUUCAGCACUGUAGCCAGGCUGACAGACUGUCCGAGCACCACUGAACCAUGUAUCCCAUUAGCCCUUAGCAGCAAUGACUUCCUGAGCUUCUUCAAUGAUAAAAUCUUAAAAAUAAGAGGUAAAAUUAGUAACCUAUUGACUCCACCAAGUGUCUCUCUCUCAGAUAACCCUAAAAAUGUUGAGGAGCCCCUAAGGCCUCUGGUGCACCUUAGUAAUUUUGUACCUAUUGACCUUCCUGAGUUAAAAUCAGUGGUGCUAGCAGCCAAACCAUCGACGUGUCUCUUAGACCCAAUUCCAUCUAAAUUGCUAAAGGAAACUCUUCCUUUGAUUAGUACGUCCCUGCUCAAAAUGAUUAACACGUCUUUAUUAACAGGAUAUGUUCCCCAGUCUUUCAAGACUGCAUUGAUUAAGCCUCUCCUUAAAAAACCUACUCUAGACUCAAGCUCCCUAGCUAACUAUAGACCAAUAUCCAACCUUCCUUUUAUUUCUAAAAUCCUAGAGAAAGUUGUUGCGAAUCAACUCUGUGAUUUUCUCCAUAACAAUGGUUUAUUAGAGGAUUUCCAGUCUGGGUUUAGAACCCAUCACAGCACAGAGACUGCUCUGCUAAAGGUGUCAAAUGACCUACUCAUGGCCUCAGACAAUGGUUUUCUCUCUGUUCUAGUCCUGUUAGAUCUUAGUGCAGCAUUUGACACAAUUGACCACUCCAUCCUGCUUCAGAGACUAGAACAAUCUAUAGGCAUAGCAGGAUCAGCUCUCUCCUGGUUUAAAUCGUACCUAACAGAUCGAUCCCAGUUUGUCAAUGUAAAUAAUAAAUCCUCUGCACACACCAAAGUGUGCUACGGUGUGCCGCAAGGGUCAGUGCUCGGUCCAAUCCUCUUCACCCUGUAUAUGAUUCCGCUGGGUAAAAUUAUGAGGAAGUAUUCGAUUAAUUUCCACUGUUAUGCAGAUGACACCCAGCUAUACCUAUCCAUAAAGCCAGAGGAAGCAGGCCAGGUUGCUAGGUUAGAAGCCUGCCUCAAAGAUAUAAAAUCCUGGAUGACCAAUAACUUUCUAAUGCUCAAUUCAGACAAAACUGAAGUUCUGGUCCUCGGUCCUAAACACCUUAGAGAGGCGUUCUCUAGUAAUUUAGCUACAUUUGAUGGUAUCAGCCUGGCAUCCAACCCCACUGUGCGUAAUCUAGGAGUUGUAUUUGAUCAGGAUUUAUCUUUUAGCUCCCACAUUCAACAAAUUUCUAGGACAGCCUUUUUCCACCUGCGCAAUAUCUCAAAAAUUAGACGCAUAUUGUCUCAGAGCGAUGCAGAAAAACUAGUCCAUGCCUUUGUUACCUCUAGGCUGGAUUACUGUAAUUCUCUCCUAUCAGGCUGCUCUAGUAAGUCAUUAAGGACUCUUCAGCUGGUCCAAAAUGCAGCAGCUCGGGUAUUGACUAGAACUAGUAGAAGGGAGCACAUCUCCCCUGUUUUAGCCUCUCUUCACUGGCUCCCUAUUAAAUAUAGAAUUGAGUUUAAAAUCCUCCUUGUGACAUAUAAAGCGCUUAAUGGCCAGGCGCCAUCAUAUCUCGACGAGCUAGUUAUACCGUACUUUCCAUCUAGACCGUUACGCUCACAGUCUGCAGGUCUGCUCGUUGUACCAAAUGUCUCUAAAAGUAGUGUUGGAGGAAGAGCUUUCAGCUACCAGGCACCUCUCCUCUGGAAUCAUUUACCGCUCGAGGUUCGGGGGGCAGACACACUCUCAACUUUCAAGAGUAGACUUAAAACGUUCCUCUUUGAUAAAGCCUAUAGUCAGGGCUGAUUUGAACCAGCUCUUAGUUAUGCUGCUAUAGGCCUAGACUGCCGGGGCUAUCUGGCACACUGAGCUAGAAUCUGUCUCUAUCUCCUCUUUAGAUCUUUAUGUCCCAUAUAAGUCACUGACCAGCUUUCUGUCUCUCUGAGUGUCUCUGAGUCUUUUAGCUGCCACUGGACUAAUGCUGCAAACGGUCUGCUGCGGAACUGCCUGACCCCAGCUGCAUCCAUCCUGGGCCCUGAGCUCCUCCAUCUCUUUGGCUCUUUGGCUUCUCUGGACCGUUGCUGCAGGCCCUCUUCUCACUACAUUCCUCCCCAACCCAGCAGCGGCAUGGUGGCUGUCUAGCAUGAGUCUGGUCCUGCCCAAGGUUUCUGCCUGUUAAAAGGAAGUUUUUCCUUGCCACUGCUACUCAUGUUAGUUGAGAUGGGCCAAAACCCAUCUUAGGUUGGUUCUUGAUCAUCAAACAAUGAGCGUGGUCUCGACCUGCUCUUGUUCUUUGGAAAGCGUCUUGAGAUGACGACUGUUGUGAAUUGGCGCUAUAUAAAUAAAAAUUUGAUUGAUUUGAUUGAUUUAUAAAGCUUAAAUUAAAAUUGUUUUGUACUCAUAAAUUACAGAAUUUUUAAAGCUGGUCCACCUGCAGACUGUACUUGUUUACUGCAUUUAGCUAAACCCCAGUAACUGUAUUUAUUUUUACUUUUUUUGUAGGGUGUAUAUGGCAACUAAAUUUAUAGUAGCUUAAGUUUUUGGAGUCCAAAUUUGAAAACAAAAGGCCUGUGAUGAAUUUUUAAAAUGAAAUACACUGUAGUUGGGAGUUUAACUACUCGGUAGUUAUUGGAUUUAAAACCUUCACCAGCAACUAACAGCAACUAACCCUCGACUCGAAGGAAAGGAGGAGCAUGUACACUUGAUCACUUUGCAAGCACAUCAGUGGCAGUUUGUCGUCUGUAAGGGUGUGCCACUUAUCAGAGCUAUGUACAAGUAUUUGCACAACAAGGCUCUGCAACAUUCAUGAGUAAAAGGCAUAAAGUUUCACAAUUUUGACAGUACUAUAUACUACUUAAUCACAUGGCUGCAUGGCAAUAGUGUGGCCCAGACAAAAUGUGUCCUGUAGACUGUUUUGUCCGUGUAACGAGGGAUUGUGUAAGUUCAAACAAAAAAUAUUUGUUGACGUUGAGUUUAUAAUACAUGAGAAUUGAUGGGUCUUUGUACAUAAACACACAGCUCAACAUGAGAAUAAACAUAACACUAAGAGCAAAGAUCACAUGUCUCUUUUUUGAGAAGAUGUCAGUACAUGUGGAUCUGUGUCAGAUAUCAGUGAGCUUUGCAUCCCCGAUCAAACUUUAGUUCAAUUUGUAUGAAAUGCAGACUUAUGUAAGGAUCAAAUGUGUUUUUGUAUGAACAGUACUCUGUUAUGAACUCACUCUAACAACUUUGAAAUGACAAAGUUCAAAUUUAAUAUACAGAAAGGUAAAUAAAAACCUUUUAAAUAGUU